GGAACUGUAGACCAUUCCAUAUUAACCAUAGACUUGUGCAGGAAAGAUCCUAAGGUGAGGAACAGAACACAAGGAGGUUCAGGCAGCAACAGAGAGAGAUUAGUAAAAAAAAAAAAAAAAGUGAGGAGGCUGGCUAAUGCUGGGGGGUUGCGAUGAAGAAGAAGGGUGAAGUGGAAGACAGCACCACACUGAUCAGCCUGUCUGUGCUCCCUGACCAUAACUACGGAAGCAUGGGAAUGGGCAGAUCACCUCAAAAGGACAGGAAUGUGUUCAGUGAUGGAGUCACAUGCAUUGAUUUUGUGCUGGUGUGGGAGGAGCCAGUGAAUCAAGCAAAGGCUACUGAACCAGAAUACAAAUCAAUCGAAAACACUAAUGAUAACCACAGCAAAUGGAGGAUGGAGUUCCUGUCCAGGCUACAAACCGCUGGGCUGCGUCAGGAGAUGAAAGAGGUUGUGCAGGGCAAGACAAAGACAACAUACGUGCUCUUGAGUGCCCCUUGGAACGUGUUAUGUUAUUAUGCAGAGGAGAUCAGCCUCCGAGUUCCAUUACAGGUUGAGACAUCUCAAGAAUCCAACUGGUCAGAAAGAGUCCUCAAAAAGUUACACUCCCAGAAUAUUUUAGCUCAGGAAGUCCCGAACCCUCCAACAGACUACUACACCUGCCAGUUCCGCUCAAACAAGCUGGAGAGGUUUCUUGGCCAUGAAAACAAGGACACUUUCUUUAAGAGGACACAGAGACAUCAAAUUAUGUAUGAGAUAUUAGCUAGGACCCAGUUUGGAGCAUUAAAGAGGGGAGAGGUUGGUAUAGCCAGGCUGGUCAGUGAGAAAGUUUUCACUGCUGCAUAUCCAUUACACGAGGGGCGUUAUCAGGUACCCAAAGGACCACUUAACCCUGACUCUCUGAGCAUGAGGCAAAUCUUAUAUCAGUAUUGGGCACGUUGGGGCUGCUGGAAUAAGUAUCAGCCUCUAGACCACAUCCGGGAAUAUUUCGGAGAGAAGGUCGCGCUUUACUUUGCCUGGUUAGGAUUUUAUACAGGGUGGUUACUUCCUGCUGCAGUUGUAGGCUUCCUCAUGUUUUUGUUCGGAAUCUGGCUUAUGGUCACUGAUGUCCCAGCACGGGAGAUCUGCAACAAUGGUGAUAGUAUUGUCAUGUGCCCAAUCUGUAAUAUCUGCAGCUACUGGAACCUCUCCAGCAUCUGUUAUACUUAUAAAACAGGAUUAUUAUUUGACAAUGGGGCAACAGUGUUCUUCAGUAUCUUCAUGUCCCUCUGGGCAGUAACCUUCCUGGAGUACUGGAAGCGUACCUGCUCUAUCCUGGCCCACAAGUGGGACUGCUCCGAGUUUGAGGAGGCAGAGGAAAGGCCAAGGCCAGAGUUCACUGCCAUGGCACCGAUGACAGUCCGUAAUCCUAUAACAGGAGCAGAGGAGCCACAUUUCCCAGAGAUUAGCCGGUUCCGGCGCUCUGUGACUGGCAACAUGGUCAUCAUUCUAAUGAUUGCGGUAGUUCUGAUGUUCUUGAUAGCAAUUAUUCUCUACCGGACAAUACUGAGCAUCAUCAUCUACAAGUCUGCCAAUGCUUUUUUCAUAUUCUCUGCUGGGAGGAUAGCAAGUAUCACAGGCUCAGUGCUAAACUUGGUGGUGAUUAUGUUGCUGUCUAAGGUCUACACACGUCUCGCCCAAAUCCUGACCCGAUGGGAAAUGCACCGUACGCAGACCAAAUAUGAAGAUGCUUUUAUUCUCAAAGUGUUCAUCUUCCAGUUUGUCAACUUUUACUCUUCUCCUGUGUACAUUGCAUUUUUUAAGGGCAAGUUUGUAGGAUAUCCUGGAAACUAUAAUACGCUUUUUGGAACUCGAAAUGAAGAUUGUGGUGCUUCGGGAUGUCUUAUUGAGCUUGCUCAAGAGCUGCUGGUCAUUAUGGUAGGCAAACAACUCAUCAACAAUGUUCAAGAAUUUGUUCUUCCUAAGUUAAGGGCAUGGUGGCAAAAGCGUAAACUUCAUCCAGCUCAUAAAGAGAAGGGAGCAAAUGAUGAAGACAGCAUGGCACCCUGGGAAACAGAUUAUAGCUUGUUAGUGUGCGAAGGCCUGUUUGAUGAGUAUCUGGAAAUGGUUCUGCAGUUUGGUUUCAUUACCAUCUUUGUGGCAGCAUGUCCCUUGGCCCCAGUCUUUGCCCUGGUGAAUAAUUGGGUGGAGGUACGUCUUGAUGCACAGAAAUUUGUGUGUGAGUAUCGCAGGCCUGUGGCUCAGCGGGCACAGGACAUCGGGAUAUGGUUUGCAAUCCUAGAGGUCAUCACCUAUCUGGCUGUGAUUAGCAAUGCUUUCCUGAUUGCUUUCACGUCUGAUUUCCUGCCACGUCUGUACUAUCGCUACACCACAGAGGGCACUCUGAAAGGCUACAUCAAUUUCACUCUCUCUGUUGCACCCAACAACUUCACCCAGAGUGCUAUGCAGUGCAGGUAUCGGGGAUUCAGGGAUGAAAGGGGACAACACACUUCUGAGUACUAUAAUCUACUGGCUAUUCAACUGGGUUUUGUCAUUAUAUUUGAGCAUGUGGUAUUUCUAAUUGGUCGCAUGAUUGAUUGGAUGGUUCCUGAUGUUCCAGAGGAGGUAGAGAUAAAGAUCAAAAGGGAGCGCUUUAUGGCUAAAGAAGCUCUGGCUGAGAAUCAGGCCAUAGAUGCAGCAGUUGAAACCUCUGGAUUACGACAAAGAAUAAAACCAGAGAGUACCACAGCCUCACCUCAUGACCCUUUCUGCCCCGUGUCAAGUGUGAAUUCUGAGGAAAUUUCUAAAGAUGUUUGAUAUUUAUCCAGGAGUUGAAGGAAUGGACAUGAUGUACUCGAAAGACUAUGAGAAAACAUGGAAGAUCUAGCUCUGGCUCAUUAAAAUCAACUUCAAAUAAGAAUGAGAAUAAAACUCAUUAGCGCAAAAAUUCUAAAAAUCAACUGAUCACUGAUCAUUUCUGUCCAUCUUGGCAAUUUUUUUGCUUGCUUUUUAUUUUAUCCAAAAUAUUGUGAGGUCAAUUGCACAACUACAAAAUAUCUUGUUUAGAUUGUCAUGACAAUAUUUUUUGGAGAAUAAAGUAAUCUGUUUUGGAGAAUAUAGUAAUGUGCAAUCCCAGUCAUGACAAUCUAGUGGUUACAAUAUAUUGUAGCUUUACAUGACCCACAAUAUUCAGAAAAAUUGUAAUGUAUUAUUAC